UAUUAAUAUUUUAUUAUUUACAUAUAAUGACAAAAUUCCCACCACAAACUUUUUUCUCCAUGAAUCACAAUCAAACCUUGGUCUAGAAUUUAUAAGAAUACUGACACAGUCCUCACUCCUCACUGGCUCCUACUUCUUGUUGCUUAAUCUCUGAUCGGAUAAAAUGGUGGUGAAGGUGUACGGCACUGUCUAUGCUUCUCCGAAGCGAGCGAGGGUAUCGAACCUGAAGCUGUUUCUGUGGAUCUCAUCAAAGGAGAGCAUCGAAGCCCUAAAUAUCUCAAGUUACAGUGCAGCAGCUUAAACAUGGUCCGAUUCUGAUACUCCACAGAGAGAAAGAGGGAGAGAAGAGAUGGGUAGUACUUGUUUAGAUAGAAAUAAUAAGGAUGAGGAAGAUGAGAUGGAUUCACUUCCAGGGUUCAGGUUUCAUCCUACAGAUGAAGAGCUUGUCGGGUUCUAUUUGCGGCGGAAGGUGGAAAACAAACCCAUCGCUCUUCAGCUUAUCAAACAGAUUGAUAUCUACAAAUACGAUCCCUGGGAGCUUCCAAAAGCUAGUAUUGUAGUGGGAGACAAUAAUAAAGAGUGGUACUUCUUCUGCAUUAGAGGAAGAAAGUACAGGAACAGCGUAAGACCAAAUAGAGUUACAGGAUCUGGAUUCUGGAAAGCCACUGGAAUUGACAAGCCAAUUUACUCCUCAAUAAAAGAAUCACAAGAAUGCAUUGGCCUCAAGAAAUCUCUUGUAUAUUAUCGUGGAAGUGCUGGAAAGGGAACUAAAACUGAUUGGAUGAUGCAUGAGUUUCGCCUUCCUCCCAACACAAAAACUGCGGCUACUGUUGCUCAACAAGCUGAAGUUUGGACACUUUGUCGCAUAUUCAAGCGAAUACCAUCGUGCAAAAGGUACACACCUGUAGAUUGGAAGCAGACAAAGAAGAAGCCAAACUCAUCUGAUAUUUCAACUUCAAAAACAUUCAGUGGCUUUGAAUCUGAAAACAGCAGUGAUCAGAAGCAAGUGAUGAGUUUUGGAGAGUGUUUACCCUUGGUUCAACCAGAUCAAAGAACAAACUUGUUCUUAGGUCAGCUUAACUCCAUAACGCAUCAAGCUUCCUUCCUAGCAGCUCACCCAAACUCGUGGAAUCCAAAUGCAGAUGAUUUCUUUGCAAAUGGAAACUGGGAUGAGCUAAGAACAGUGGUUGAGCAAGCCGUUGAUCCGAAACCUUAUGACUCUUAAUCAUAGAUGGAUGUAGAGAAUUAAUAUUUCUUUGCCUUGUUUAGGAUUUAGGAAGUACAUUUCAUAUGUUCUAUAUCUUCUUUGUAUUAUCACUAUACGUAGGCUGUGCCUUGCCAUGGAUACUAAUUUCAGAUAGGGACAAUUAAAUCCAUGAUGUAUGUAACUUUUUCAAUUUUGUGCCAAUAAUUUUUGAAUCAUUGGCGCUGAAUAUUUAUUAUA